AUGAGCCCCAGUGGCCACAGCUACAGACUCCUCAGAGGCCACAGCAGCAGACUCCUCAGAGACUCCCCAGAGACCAGAUCACCAGAGGCCAGAGCAGCAGACUCCCAGAGACCAGUGAUCCAGGGACCACAGCAGCAGACUCCUCAGAGGACAGUGAUCCAGGGGACACAGCAGCAGACUGCUCAGAGACCAGAGCCCAAGUGGCCACAGCAGCAGACUCCCCAGAGACCAGAGCCCCAGUGGCCACAGCAGCAGACUCCCCAGAGACCAGAGCCCCAGUGGCCACAGCAGCAGACUCCCCAGAGGCAAGAGCCACAUGGGCCACAGCAACAGACUCCCCAGCGGCCAGAGUCCCAGUGGCCACAGCAGCAGACUCCUCAGAGGCCAGUGAUACAGGGGCCACAGCAGCAGACUCCCCAGCGGCCAGAGUCCCAGUGGCCACAGCAACAGACUCCUCAGAGGCCAGUGAUCCAGGGGCCACAGCAGCAGACUCCCCAGCGGCCAGAGUCCCAGUGGCCACAGCAGCAGACUCCUCAGAGGCCAGUGAUCCAGGGGCCACAGCAGCAGACUCCCCAGCGGCCAGAGUCCCAGUGGCCACAGCAACAGACUCCUCAGAGGCCAGUGAUCCAGGGGCCACAGCAGCAGACUCCCCAGCGGCCAGAGUCCCAGUGGCCACAGCAGCAGACUCCUCAGAGGCCACAACAGACUCCUCAGAGGCCAGUGAUCCAGGGGCCACAGCAGCAGACUCCCCAGCGGCCAGAGUCCCAGUGGCCACAGCAACAGACUCCUCAGAGGCCAGUCAUCCAGGGGCCACAGCAGCAGACUCCCCAGCGGCCAGAGUCCCAGUGGCCACAGCAACAGACUCCUCAGAGGCCAGUGAUUCAGGGGCCACAGCAGCAGACUCCCCAGCGGCCAGAGUCCCAGUGGCCACAGCAACAGACUCCUCAGAGGCCAGUGAUCCAGGGGCCACAGCAGCAGACUCCCCAGCGGCCAGAGUCCCAGUGGCCACAGCAACAGACUCCUCAGAGGCCAGUGAUCCAGGGGCCACAGCAGCAGACUCCCCAGCGGCCAGAGUCCCAGUGGCCAGCAGUAACCCAAACUCCAGAUCAGAGAUGUCAAGUACCGGUUCGGGAUAUAGUGCAAUGUGGAACCCCAGAUAUUACUCCAUCUCAAUGUCAGGCUAUCUACUGCUGCUUCAAUGGACAGCAGUGCUACUAUGGGAAGGCAGUGACUGUGCAGUGUACCAGGGAUGCUCAGUUUGUGGUGGUGGUGGCCAGGGAUUCCACUUGGCCCAAAAUAGACAUUGAUUCCAUCAGUCUGUUGGGGGGAAAUGACCGCCCCUGCAGUCCUGUUGGCAUCACUUCAGCCUUCGCCAUAUACCAGUUCCCUGUCACUGCCUGUGGCACCACUAUAAAGGAGGAAAGUGGUUAUGUGGUUUACGAGAACAGGAUGGCAUCUUCCUAUAACGUGGGGGUGGGACCUCGAGGGUCUAUCACCAGGGACAGCCAUUUUGAGCUGCUGUUCCAGUGUAAGUACUCUGCCACUGCAGUAGAGGCUCUGGUUACUGAGGUGAACACUGUUCCUGCACCCGCUCCUGUUGCUGCUCCGGGACCCCUCAGAGUGGAACUGAGACUGGCCAAAGGAACAUGCGACACCAAGGGGUGUAAUGACGAGUCGAGAUCCUUCACAUUGUAUUACACUGAGGAAGAGUACCCCAUCACUAAAGUCUUGAGGCAGCCUUUGAACGUUGAGGUUCGCAUCCUGGAGAGGAAGGAUCCCAACCUGUUCCUGAUGCUGGAGCACUGCUGGACCACCUCUGACCCCAGCCCUGUCAGCAUGCCCCAGUGGGAUCUCAUCAUUGAAGAUUGUUCCUACCCGAAUGAUAAUUACCUGACCACCAUGGUCCCUGUGGAACGUUCCUCUGGCCUUCUGUACCCCAACCACUACAAACGCUUUACCCUCGAGAUGUUCACCUUUGUGGAUCACACUCGGUCUCCCCAGAAAGAGCGGAUUUUCAUCCACUGUAGUACCUCUGUGUGCUACCCUACUCCAGGGGUCUCCUGUGAACCGAAAUGCAACAGGCAAAGGAGAGAUGUUUCUGCUGCUCAGAGGAAGACUAUACAGAAUGCUGUGGUCUCCAGUGGAGAAGUGGUCCUGGUUGACAAAAGGCCUGUCUCCCGUUCAGACCACUAAUUCAACCAGCUACAUACAGUUUGUAAUGGGGUAUGAAAUAAUGUACUCCGUACUUCCAUACCGCCAUUUUUCUUGACGAUACUUUCUUUGUUCUUGAUUUGGAAGAAACGUAUCUCUUAUAAACGUCAGUGUCCAGUUGCCGGUGGUACUCCAAAAAAUCAGAGAAUAUUCAGAAAGAUAUUAAAUCCACUUUUUGCACAGAGUGAGAGGUGGCCUCCCGAUUUUAGCUGCCAGACAUCUUGCAUUUCCCAACAUCUUUGCAGGAACUAGUCGUUUCUAUGCGACGUGGCCACGGCUGACAGCAUGUCACACAGUGCGUCCAAAACAAAGAUCUAUACACGUGCAAGAGGCGUUUCUCAAUCUAUGCAAAACGUGGAUAUAAUAUUUUUCUGAAUAUUCUCUCUUUUU